AUGCGUACGUCUGACACGCUCCUGCAGAAAAUCGGCGCGAGCUUUGCGGUGCACUACUACACCACACUCGUGAAAACCCCGGAGACGUUGGCCGCCCUCUACGCCCCCUCUGCGCAUGUUGUGCACCGCUUCAAAAAGGCGAACGGCGCCGCCGAGCUAUCCUCGUUGCUCACAUCCCUCACCGCUGAGGACCUGACGGGAGUGAGACUCGAGGACGUCGUGGCCGUGCCGACCACCUCCGGCGCAAUCAAGGUCACAGUGAAGGGCCAGUUCGUCAGUGCCGACAAGACGCAGUCCUUCACCCAGGAGGUGGAGCUGAGUGAGCUGAAAAAGAGCACGUACGGCAUCACGAGCGAUAAGCUGAGCUACUCGGCUGUUGGGCAGACGGCGUUGGCGGCCGAGGCGCCGGUGCUGAAGGUGGCCGCGGAGCCCGCGGUGGCCCUUGCUGCUGCUACCGCUGCCGCCGCGGAGGAGACGCCGGCUGGGGCCCCUGCGGCGCCUGCCAAGAGUGCCGAUGCUCGUGAGACGGCAGCCCCCGCGCCUGCCGCUAACGCCACCGCCAACCCUCCGGCGGACCAGGCUGCUGCACAGACCCCAGCGGCCAACAAGAAGCCGGCGAGUUUCGCAGAAGCGCUGCGCCUCAACAAAGCGAGCGAGGGAGCCCCCUUUUCCAACACGGCGGUGCGUGUGACGGACAAGGUGAAGGGCGCUGGGGAGAAGGACACUGGCAAAGGCGCGAAGAAGGACAAGGCCGCCUCGCCCUCAGCGGCGUCUGCCAAGCCAAAGCCGAGCAAAAAGGCGCACAGCACGUCCGACUCGGUGGUUUACUACGACAUCAUCCUGAAGGAGCUGCCGGCGUCGACGACGGAGGAGAAAGUGCGCGCUAUAGUGACACCGGUAGCCGCUGUGAAGCUUGUGAACAUUGUCAAGAGCGAGAGGCGUCGCCGCGGCAAGGAGGCCGCGCCGGAGUCAAUCACGUUUGCCUUUGUGCAGCUGGAGCGCCCCGCUGACGCCGCUGCUACCCACGUGAGGAGCGUCGUGGAGAAGCUGUCGGAGAUGAACAAGGAGAUGCGCAUCGAGGAGGUGCGUGAGAAGCCGGCCUCUGCUGGGGCUCGAAAGACGCGGGAGGGCGCUGCGGCGUCGCGGAAGAAGGAGGUGAAGGCAUAA